AUGCUCAAAUUGCCAUGUGAAAAGGUGCUACAUGACGCUUUCCUAACCGGUGUUCUUAACUUAUCACAACGUCAGCUCAAAGAAUUCCCGAAUGAAGCCAGUUCCGAUAUUAGUGAUCUCAUCAAAGCAGGUAGGUUAAUAUAGUUAAAAUUGGUGUAGAUCAUUGUUAAUUUGGGGCAAAGUGUUGAUUUUUUGAUUUUGGUAUGUUUAUGGGUUUUAAAAUGAAAUGGCAUUGCUGGGUUUUUAAUUAAAAAUGGUUUGGGCAGAAUGCCAAAGUUGGCGGGAAGUUUAAAAUUCAAAAAUGUGAACAGACGGUAAAUGAAAAGAUAUGACAUUUUUGGGUUGUCAAAGGAAAUUAAAGGGCCAUAAAUGCUUCUGAUGUCAAAUUUCAAAAUUUAGUGCAUAAUGCCAAAGUUGGCGGGAAUUUGGAUUUUAAAAAUUUUUAAUUGUUCAAAAACUUGCUUUUCUUUGCAGAUAUCAGCUCAAACUGCCUGACCGAACUCCCCAUCACAUUAUGUGAACUCAGAGUGUUAGAAACCCUAGAAUUUCGAUCGAAUUCAUUAAAAACCAUUCUUCCGGCCAUUUCGUCGCUCAUAAGCCUAACAUACCUGGAUCUAAGUGACAACCACCUCACCGACCUUCCAGAUGUACUCUUCAGUUUACCGUUGAAAGUGCUAUUACUGUCACGAAAUCGACUGCAGUCAAUUUCGGCCGAAAUCCGACAUCUGGGCCCAACCAUCGAGGAGAUUGACCUGUCGUCGAAUAAAAUACGAUCUCUGCCAAAUGGGCUGUCGGUAUUGACUGAACUGAAAGUAAUGAACUUAAGAGGGAAUCAGCUAAAGGACUUGCCUGGAGGUAGGGUGGUUUUGGAUUUGGUUUAUUUAAAAAUGGUAUUUUUUGUUAAAAAUUUUUGAAUUUUGGGGGUCUUUGUGAUGUCAUGCUUAAUAAAAUGAUGCUAUAGUCGUAUUUUCGGUUCGAUCUUUGUGAAAAUGUGUCAGAAUGUAGCUAACAUAAUGCGUGUUGACUAUGCGAAUCAUAAAAUGGCAGUUUUUAUUUUUAGCUUGUAAAAAUUUUUUUUAAUUUAAAAAAAGCUAAUUUUGACAAAAAUUUUGCCAAUUUUUACGUUUUUAUCGAUUCUAAUCGAGAUUCUUGCCAUUUUAAGACAUUGGAACGAUGAAUGUAAGGUCUCUGGAUCUUGGCAACAACUUACUGAUUAGAUUACCGGUCGAAUUCUGUAAGCUUGGAGGCUGUGUGGACUUUAAAGUGGAUGGAAAUCCUUUGAUCGAGCCGCCUAUGAAUGUGGUUAGACGGGUAAGACAUUGA